AUGCCACCGAGACAACAGACUGGGGCGAGCUUCGCCUUGCUUAUGCUUAUGAUAUGGCUCCUGAUGCCCAUGGGAGACAUGGCUGGACAGACGGGGCCUCUGCUCUCCGUGAUUGCCGCGCGUCGACUAGCCAGAUAUCGCGACGCUCUCGACGUCCUCAACAGCACGCAGUGGGGGGACUUUGCGCCGACUGCGAAGGAGGCACCGUCCUACGUCAACAUUACCGGAUUCCGCGAAAUUGACGGGUUCGCCUGGGAGGACCUCGGCAAGUUCAAAGAGAAGAGCGUGCAGCUGAGCCGGCACGCGGUGGCGUCUGCCCCCGACCAGCCGCCGCUGUGGGACACGGCCGAGGGAGAGCCCGUCUGGGGCACGGCGUCUGGCAGCCUGGAGGGCGACUGGAUUUACCGUCCGGGUAGCGUCUCGCGGAGCUAUGAGAGCUACAACCUCAGCAACAGCGUGCCCGGCAUGGACUGGAUCGGCGACCGCAUCGACUGGGGCCGCAACCUGACGGGCCGGUCGGGCCGCAUGCACCUGCACAUGGAGGGCAACAAGACGACUACGGCGUACGAGCAGCUGCCGCGCGACCAGGCGCCGCUGUCGGGCGGCGCGAUCCGCCACGUCAAAGGCGCGCUGUCGCUGCAAGACACGCACGGCUCGCAGUCGACGUGGGAGAUGCGCCUCUGGGGCGUACACUGGCCACGCCAGGGCGUCGUCGUCAUGACGACGACGAGUGAGAAGUUUGAGGGCAUCUUUGGCCUGCCGCACCUCACGCCUGGGCCAGACUACUUCCAGUCCAGCAAGGCCCUGCUGGCGCAGCGCCUCAACAAGGUCCUCGAGACAAAGGAGCGCAACGUCUACACCGACCAGACGGUGCCGUGGAGCUCCGAGGUCCAAAGCAGCCCGCAGUUCCUCCUCAGCCCCGCGCCACAGUGCGAGCUCGUCCUCUACGCGCAGGUGCACCCGCUGGAUCGGGAUCGCCUGUUCCGUGGCAAGGAGGCCAAGGACAAUCUGGACAUGGCGCGGCUUAUUGGCGCCAUCGAAGACGAGCUCGCGGCGCCGCAGGGCGCGCCCGUCGGGCACAUUCCCAAGCUGCGCAUGUCGGCGGUCGUCUACUCGCCCGACUGCGCCUUCUUUCUAGAGUCCAAGGGCCCGCCAGAGUUUCCGCCCGGUGAGGCCAACCACCUCGAGGGCGUCAAGGCCGAGGUGCAGACUCACCGCAUCAAGACGUGGCUGCUGGUGUUUGCCUGCGUCGUCUUUGGCCAGGUCUUCCUGCUCAAGAACCAGAUGAAGGAGACAUUUACGCCGUCAACCAUGGGCCGCGUGAGCUUUGGCACUGUCGGCGCCAUGGUCAUGGUCGACGGCAUCACCUUUACGGCCUCGGCGACGUGGGUGUCGUCGGCCGGCGCCACGUUCCUGCCGACCAUGGCGCUCAUGUUUGCCGCGUUCCUCUCCAUGACGAUUGGUGGCAGCUUCCUCGCAAAGAUUUACGAAGUCCAGUUCCCCGAGAACCACCCGCGCUCGGAGCCGUCGACCAACACCGCACCCUCACCCGCACCACCACCACUGUCCACCUCCGGGUCCCUCCUCCCCGGCCCCGUCACCGCCAGCAGCCGCGUCGGCGGUCUUGCUGCUAUUGCUCCUCCUGUCAUUGUGCCUCUAGACGGCGACGUCGAAGCUGACAUGACUGACGGCGCGACCGCCCUCCCCGGUCGCGCCACGCUCAUCGCACCAACAACCCCCGCCUCGCCGCGGCAAAAUUUCCAAGCCAUCAUCGGCCGCUUCAUCCUCUCGAGCCUCGUCCUCAGCUUCGUCACGCUCUCCUCGGCGACGUGGUACCCGUCGGCGCGCGCCGUCUACCUCGACCUCUGCGCCUUUGCCUACCUCUCGCUGUGGGCGCCGCAAAUCUACCGCAACGUCAUGCGCAACUGCCGCCGCGCCCUCACCUGGUCCUUUGUGCUCGGCCAGUCGCUGCUGCGCAUCACCCCGAUUGCGUACUUUUGGCUAAAACCCGACAACUUUCUCUUUGCGCAGACGAGCCCCCGCGCGUUUGCCGUUCUCGCCGCCUGGGUCUGGCUGCAGAUUGUGCUGCUCGGCGCCCAGGACAUCCUCGGCCCGCGGUUCGCGGUGCCCGCGCGCUGGGUGCCCGAGGCCUGGGACUACCAUCCCGUGCUGCGCGAGGACAAUGUGGAGGCGGGCGGCCUGCCGAUUGGCCUGCUCGCCGCCGCUGAUGCUGGUGAUGGCGAUGCUGCUGCUACUGGUGGACGGCGGAGGAGCAGUGCCGGCGCCGAAAAGUCGGCCAAGUACGGCAGUGGUGGCUCAAUGCACGUCAUUGACUGCUCCAUCUGCCAGGAGAUUCUCGAGGUGCCCGUCGUGCGCGCCGGCAGCGACGACGAAGGCGGCGGAAGGGGAGGCGGUGUGGCGAGCGUGUUUGCACGGCGCAUGUACAUGGUCACGCCGUGUCGGCACAUUUUUCACACGGCGUGCCUGGAGAGCUGGAUGAAGUUUCGGCUGCAGUGCCCGAUAUGUAGAGAGGACCUGCCUCCGCUGUGA